AGAGCUGUUAGCCACUUUCUUCUUAGAUGUUUCUUAGCACCAAAUUACAACGAAUAUGGUAAUAAUCUAAUAAUUAUUGAUAAAUAGUACAUACUAAUUAAAGAAACUUUUUUUUUUUCUUGUUUUUAGAAGAAAACAAACAAAAACCACCUCAUAAAUUGUGAAAAAAAUCAAGAAAGAAAAAGAAAACGUAAAAAAAGAGCAACCUUGAUUAAAAAUGGAAGAUCUUUGACACCCAAUAAAUUUUUCUUCUUUUUUAUUUUUUUUCUUGUUUUGUUUAUUCCUUAGGAACAUGAGUUAGGAACUUACGUUGAAAGAUCUUUCCUUUGCCCUUUUUAUUGAUCAUCUUAAUCAAUAAAUUUAUCCGCUUUUCCUUAGUUACUAUUAUUGACUCCAUCAAAAGAUUUCAGCUUGCUCAGUGGAAUUUGAUUAAUUGGAUGAGAAACUUGGAUUUGGAUAGUGAAGGAGUUGAAUUGGUAGGGUGGAAUUGAGGGUGUUUCAUGGGCAAUACAUGCCGGGGAUCUUUUGGGGCAAGAUUUCAUCAGGGCCAAAGUCAGCCCGAGGAUCAUUCUGUUGUGAAUUCCAAUUCAAAUUCAAAUUCCAAUUCCAAUACCACUAGUUCUGUUCCUAAGAGAAACGAUUCAGAUUACUCCGAUUAUUCGCCGAAUACAUUGAGAACCCAACAGCUUGUUAACCAGGAAUUUGGUCAAGAUAACCCUAAGAAAGAUAAUAGUAAUAGUAAUUCGGCGGUGGUUGUCCCUAUGACUAAAGAUAGUACCAUGAGGAAGCAAAGUGAUAAUCAAGCAUAUUAUGUUUUGGGUCAUAAGACGGCCAACAUUCGUGAUCUUUACAUGCUAGGUCGUAAAUUGGGGCAAGGGCAAUUUGGGACCACUUAUCUUUGUACUGAGAUCGCCACAAAUAUUGAAUAUGCUUGUAAAUCGAUAUCGAAAAGGAAGUUGAUAUCCAAGGAGGAUGUGGAGGAUGUGAGGAGAGAGAUUCAGAUAAUGCACCAUCUGGCAGGUCACAAGAAUAUUGUGACCAUAAAGGGUGCUUAUGAGGAUACUUUGUAUGUGCACAUUGUGAUGGAACUUUGUUCUGGGGGUGAGUUGUUUGACCGCAUCAUUCAGAGGGGGCAUUACAGUGAGAGAAGGGCAGCUGAAUUGACUAAGAUUAUUGUUGGGGUCGUUGAGGCGUGCCAUUCGCUUGGAGUGAUGCACAGAGAUCUCAAGCCUGAAAACUUUUUGCUUGUUAAUAAAGAUGAUGAUUUCUCUCUCAAAGCUAUCGACUUUGGGCUGUCUGUCUUCUUCAAACCAGGUCAGGUCUUUACAGAUGUGGUUGGAAGCCCUUACUAUGUUGCGCCGGAGGUUCUUUUGAAGCAUUAUGGUCCUGAGGCUGAUGUAUGGACUGCUGGAGUUAUUUUGUACAUAUUGCUCAGCGGUGUACCACCAUUUUGGGCUGAAACACAGCAGGGAAUCUUCGAUGCAGUUUUGAAGGGUCACAUCGAUUUUGACUCAGAUCCAUGGCCCCUAAUAUCAGACAGUGCAAAGGAUCUAAUCAGAAAGAUGCUGUGUUCGAACCCUAAAGAACGUUUAACUGCUCAUCAAGUCUUAUGUCAUCCCUGGAUUUGCGAAAGCGGGGUUGCGCCAGACAGAGCAUUGGAUCCAGCUGUACUUUCUCGCCUCAAACACUUUUCUGCAAUGAACAAGUUGAAGAAGAUGGCUUUGCGGGUGAUAGCUGAAAGCUUAUCUGAGGAAGAAAUUGCUGGACUAAAAGAAAUGUUUAUGUCAAUGGACACCGAUAAUAGUGGUGCAAUCACAUUCGAGGAGCUCAAAGCUGGUUUGAAGAGAUAUGGUUCAAACCUCAAAGACAUAGAGAUACGUGAUCUGAUGGAAGCGGCUGAUAUUGAUAACAGUGGUACAAUCGAUUAUGGGGAAUUUAUAGCUGCUACUAUCCAUCUCAACAAGCUCGAGCGUGAUGAACAUCUUGUUGCAGCCUUUCAGUACUUUGACAAGGACGGGAGUGGAUCUAUUACCAUUGAUGAGCUUCAGCAAGCCUGUCAAGAACAGGGCCUUAAUGAUCUUUAUCUUGAAGAUGUUAUCAGAGAAGUUGACCAAAAUAAUGAUGGAACAAUCGAUUAUAGUGAAUUCGUUGCAAUGAUGAGAAAAGGUGAUGGUGGGAUAGGAAGGAGGACCAUGCGUAUGAGCAUGAGAGAUGCGCCUGGAUCUCACUAGUCUUUCACUGUAGUUUUUUUAAGGUUUGUACAGCAAUGAAUGAUAAAGCCAUGAGAUGUAGUUUUUGUUCUUCCUCGGCUCAACAGCUUCCUUUUUAAGGGUGUUUAUUGUAAAGGUUGUGUGGUUAAGCACCAUAGAGCAAAAGUUACAAGCUCUACGAUGACUGUCCUGAAACGGUUGCCUACUUACCAUGUCUUUAGAUGAUCUGCAUAUGUUUGGAAGAAAAAGGUUUGAUCAACUGGUUGCUUCCUCGGCAAGCUCGGAGGUUCAUGCUCGUUUUGUACUUUUAAAUUUGUUGGGUUGCGCCUUAGAGGAAAAGUUAAAAGAUAUUCGUUCAAGCGGCUGGUAAUGUCAUUUUAGAAAAGUGCUGUUGUAUGUUGUUCAUGUUAAGAUUUAAUCCCAGAUCCCUUUGUAUCAUGAAUGAAAAAGAGUAUUGUUGUUGAACUUUGUUCUGAAUCUUUUUGCUGUUUUAUGGAUGCUACUUUCUUUAUCUA